UGGCUCCAAUGGAUCAGUGAGGGCUACGGGCGGGUGUCUGGUCCUGUGUGGGGCCGGGCCGGUGGCCACAUGGUUGCCAGCUUCCUGAGCGCUGCUUCAGGCUGGCCGCGCGGCGGCCUGCCACGGCCAUGACUGACACCCUUACCGGGCCCGCGUUCGUCUGCCCCAGCUGUUGCCUCCUAGGACCUUGCGGUUAAGCACCGAGGGCAUACCGAGCUCUAAGGCGUAGAGGGAACUUGAUUCGGGUGCAGCCUUGUGGAACUUAGGAGGCACACGAACACAGGGGUAGAGAAAAGGCAUGUGAUGCCGGUCGGCUCAAACGUAACGGGGCCACUUACUGAUUUGAACAAGAUGAUCUGGGCAGUUUUCUCGGGAAAGGGUCGUUGAAGGGCACCGGCUGUUCUUUUUCUAAUACAUGAGCGCUCUCUCUCUCCCAGCAUCAUGGUUUUCUAGAGUGAAAGGCUACCUCGCAGCAAAAGAACUUGGUGAAACUAAUGUUGAGAUGCCCCCCCCUCGGGGGGGGGAUGCUUCUGAAUUGGCCCUAUCACUCAGGGAUGAUAACUCAGUCUCACUUCAGGCGGAUCCUCAUGGAUGAAGCAAAAGAUGGAUGCAACAGGACCACCCGGUGCCCCUUGAGCCAAUCCCAUGGGGCAGCAGAGUCAAGAGGAAGAAGUCCUCAAAGGGAUGAGGAGUCCCCUCCCAGGCUCUGGUGCUAGUUCAGCAUGAGCCUCCACUUUGACUGCAGAACUCCAUAAACAUCGGCAGCGUUGGCAGAGGGAGCCGCUUAGACUUUCUUAACCUGAGAUGCGCGCUGCAUGGUUUUCUGUCCUUUCAGGGGGAAGCUGGUACAGGGCUAGUUCUCCAGGCUCAGCUUUUGGAUAGCUGAGGCUCCAGGGCUUACUGCAAACGAGGCAGAGGUGCAUGAGAGGGUUUGACGGUCAGAAAGAGUGGCCCUUGGGGGGCUGUAGGCAGUGGUGUGUACUUGUUGCAGAUUGGAGACAUUUCCAGGAGGCCAAAGCAAAAAUGAGGAGUGGGAAGGCCUCUUGUGCGCUGGAGACCGUCUGGGAGGACAAGCACAAGUAUGAGGAUGCAGAACGGCGCUUCCAUGAGCAUGAGGCCACGCGAGCCGCCGCCUCGGUCCAGCAGCUCCUGGCCAAGGUGCCAGCUGUGAACGGGCCCAGCCAGGAGGACACAGAGGACCCCGACGAGGCAGAGGCCCCCUCCACCGACAGCAGGAGUGAUCCUAGGAAGAGCCACGAGUGCAAGAAGCCCCUACAGAAAAAGAGGAAGCGCUCCCCCAAGAGUUGGCUUGGCCAGUCAGACCUGGCCCUCGUGGGCCUCUCAGCUGACCACGUAUGGCUGGACAAGCCCCUCUUCGACCAGGCAGAAAGCUCCUACCGCCAGAGGCUGGCAGAUGUGGCCGCUCAGGCAGCCCAGCCACCUGCUCUGGUCCCUAGAGCCCCCUGUACGCAUGGAAGCCAUGUGGCCUGCCACCACGUGAUCUGGGGGAUCUGGGUCAACAAGUCUUGCUUUGAUCAGGCUGAGCGGGCUUUUGUGGAGUGGUCUCAGGCCUUGCUGCUGGCGGUAGAGGGGAGCCGCAGGCAGGGGACUCCUGACACAGGCCAGCAGGCUGCUUCUCCGGACCUGGCUCUGGCCUGCCAGCCUUGCCCACCAGCUAAUGGCCAGCCGCCUCUGGGCAGCCUGCAAGCACUGGUGCGGGAGGUGUGGCUAGAGAAGCCCCGGUAUGAUGCAGCUGAAAGGGGCUUCUAUGAGGCCCUAUUUGAUGGCCACCCACCAGGGAAAGUACGCCUGCAAGAGCGAGCCAGUCAGGCAGAGGGUGCCCGGAGGGGCCGCAGAGACCGUCGGAGUCGCAAUGCAGUAGGAAACAAGCGAGCUGGGUCGAAACGGGCUGAUGGGGAGGCCCCCUCCUCUCUGCCCUACUGGUACUUCCUACACAAGGACGCAGAGGCCCCCUGGCUCAGCAAGCCUACCUACGACAGUGCUGAGUGCCGCCACCAUGCUGCUGAGGCCUUGCGCAUAGCCUGGCGCCUAGAAGCUGCCUCCCUGGCUCACCGACCCACGCCCCGUUCUGGCCCAUCCAUGUCCAGCCUGAAACCCAACAGAAAAAUGGCCACAAACUUUCUAGUGCACGAGAAGAUCUGGUUUGACAAGUUCAAAUAUGACGAUGCGGAGAGGAAAUUCUAUGAGCAGAUGAAUGGGCCUGUGGCUGCUGGCUCCCGCCAGGAGAAUGGUGCCAGCGUGAUCCUCCGUGACAUUGCAAGAGCCAGAGAGAACAUCCAGAAAUCCCUGGCCGGACUCAAGGUGAUGCUGCCCAAACCCCCUGAGGCCCUGGGCCAAGCCACCCCUGGGACUAGCUCGGGCCCUGGGGCCUCCAGUGGACCUGCUGGAGAUCAUAGUGAGCUCAUUGUACGGAUUGCCAGUCUGGAAGUGGAGAACCAGAACCUUCGAGGCGUGGUGCAAGAUUUGCAGCAGGCCGUUUCCAAGUUGGAGGCCCGGCUGAGCACUCUGGAGAAGAGUUUACCUACUCACAGAGCCACAGCCCCCCAGACCCAGCAUGUGUCUCCUAUGCGUCAAGUGGAGCCCCCAACCAAGAAGGCCGCCACACCAGCAGAGGACGAUGAGGACAAUGACAUUGACCUGUUCGGCAGUGAUGAGGAGGAAGAAGACAAGGAGGCGGCCCGACUACGGGAGGAGAGGCUUCGGCAGUACGCAGAGAAGAAAGCCAAGAAGCCCUCACUGGUGGCCAAAUCCUCCAUCCUCUUGGAUGUCAAACCUUGGGAUGAUGAGACAGACAUGGCCCAGCUGGAGGCUUGUGUGCGUUCCGUCCAGUUGGACGGGUUGGUCUGGGGGGGCUCCAAGCUCGUGCCUGUUGGCUAUGGAAUCCGGAAGUUGCAGAUCCAGUGUGUGGUGGAAGAUGACAAAGUGGGCACCGACUUGCUAGAAGAGGAGAUCACCAAGUUUGAGGAGCAUGUGCAGAGUGUCGACAUCGCAGCUUUCAACAAGAUCUGAAAAUCGGAGAGUGUGUGAUUCAUGUGUGUGAGGACCUGCUGAGAUUAAAGACUGAGACCCCGCA